GUUAUUAAGAAGAUAUUUAUUAGUAAGGCCAAAAACUGCUGAUAAUGAACUUCUUUUUCUGUCAAAACACAGAAAACAACUAAUAGUUGGGUCCAUCAGUGCUAUUGUUAAAAGAAUAGCCAAUAAUGCAGGAGCUAAAGGUAGAUUUAUAGCUUAUAGCAUUAGAAUUAGUAGCACAACAGCUGCAAUAGAAGCAGGUUUGUCUUUGAUACAAAUAUGUACUAUAGAAAGUUAG